AUGGCUUGUCAAUAUUCACACAACGAAGACUUUGGUCAAAGGCCACAAAAAUUUAGAAUCUACGAGGUCGCCCGAAAACCAGUUGGCUGCGGUCAGAGUGCACGAUCUAGUGAAGGGACGGUGCGCACAACGAUGAGUUGUGCCUCUUCAGAGUCAGCCACGACGCGUGCGACUGAAGGACCAGCAUACUCCAAAAAAAUUGUGGUAGUCGGAGAUGGUGGAUGCGGAAAAACUUGCCUUUUGAUCAGUUACAGUCAUGGAUACUUUCCCGAGAAAUACGUACCCACAGUCUUUGAAAAUUACAUUACAUAUCCCAUCCAUCAAGCUAGUGGAAAGUCGAUUGAAUUAGCACUAUGGGAUACGGCAGGACAAGAAGAAUAUGAUCGGCUCCGACCUCUUUCAUACCCCGAGACGGACCUAUUGUUUGUUUGUUUUGCGAUUGAUUGUCCAAACUCCUUGGAGAACGUCAUGGACAAAUGGUAUCCAGAGGUUCAACACUUUUGUCCCUACACACCCCUCAUUUUAGUUGGCCUGAAGUCAGAUCUUCGCUGUAAACGUACCUGCAUUGACGUACUAAAAACCCAGGGCUUAACUCCUGUAACCCAGGAACAAGGACUAAGUGUGGCAAAGAAGAUGGGAGCUCGAUACAUGGAAUGUAGCAGCAAAGAAAUGACAGGUGUCGAAGAGAUAUUCAACGAAGCUAUCCAGAUUGUUGUAGAUAACGACCGCAGUCAUCAGGAGGUUGAAUCGAGAAAGAGUUCAGGGCGAUACGGUUGGAUGAAGGCGUCGAAGAAGAGAAAAAAUGGCUGCAAAAUCCUAUGA